UUCGUCGCCGACGGUGUCUUCUACGCCGAACUCAACGAGUUCUUCACCCGUGAGCUCGCUGAGGAGGGUUACUCCGGUGUCGAGGUCCGUGUCACCCCCGCCCGUACCGAGAUCAUCAUCCGCGCCACCCACACCCAGGAGGUCCUCGGUGAGAAGGGUCGCCGCAUCCGCGAGUUGACUGCCCUCGUCACCAAGCGUUUCAAGUUCGCCGAGAACACCGUCGAGCUCUACGCCGAGAAGGUCCAGAACCGUGGUCUCUGUGCCGUCGCUCAGUGCGAGUCUCUCCGCUACAAGUUGUUGGCUGGUUUGGCCGUCCGUCGUGCUUGUUACGGUGUCCUCCGUUUCGUCAUGGAGUCCGGUGCUAAGGGUUGCGAGGUCGUCGUUUCCGGUAAGCUCCGUGCCGCUCGUGCCAAGUCCAUGAAGUUCACCGACGGUUUCAUGAUCCACUCUGGUCAGCCCGCUAAGGAGUUCAUCGACUCCGCCACCCGUCACGUUUUGUUGCGUCAGGGUGUUUUGGGUCUUAAGGUUAAGAUCAUGAAGGGAUCUGACCCUGAGGGUAAGCUCGGACCUAAGAAGUCCUUGCCUGAUGCCGUCCAGAUUCUUGAGCCCAAGGAGGAGCAAGUCGUUCUUGAGCCCACCUCCGAGGACUUCGGUGUUCGUCCGGCUGCGCCGGUUGAGGCUGCCCCUGCUGCCCAGGAGCAGGCUCAGGCUGAGGCUCCCGUUGAGGCUCAGUUCUAA